GCAAAAUUUCAUAUUUUUUUUGUAUUUGCUGCCCUCUGUUGAUGAAAUGAUUGCAACAUGGCGGCCUCCAUGCGGAAUUUAUUUUCGCAGUGUUCGCGUUUCCAAAGUGCCAUUGCUAGAAACAAUUACUGGUCAAAAGCAAGCCUCUCUACAUUUUACAGAUCACAACAAAGGAUUGGCACUGCAGAACAAGAUGAUGCAACUAGUCAGUCCUCUUCAGAGAUCACUGAUUCCUUAAAGGACCCCGACUACUUCAAAGUAAAGGACUUGGUUUCACUCCAAGACCUCUUCGAUGCCCGGGUUCACCUCGGUCACAAAGACGGCCUGAUCAACCCGCACAUGAAGAAGUACAUAUUUGGCAUCAGGCAGAACCAGUGCAUCAUCGACUUGGAUCAGACAGCGGGUCUACUGAAGGAGGCCUUAAACUUUACUGCUCAUGUUGCGCAUCGGGGCGGAAUCAUCCUUUUCAUCAACCGCAUGCCGCAGUUUACGUUCCAAAUGGAGCAGCUGGCCAAGGAUUGUGGGGAGUAUGCCCACACACGCCUCUGGCAGGGCGGGUGCUUCACGAACGCCCCGAUCCAGUAUGGACCGGGGACACGCCUACCGGAUUUACUCGUCUUCUUCCACACCCUGACAAACACCUUCACAGAGCACCUGGCUGUGACAGACGCGGCCAAAAUGAACAUCCCCACGGUGGGGGUUGUAGACACCAACUGUAACCCUAACUUGAUAACGUAUCCCAUACCGGGGAAUGACGACUCGCCUUCAGCGAUGGAACUUUAUUGUCGUCUCUUCAAAACGGCCGUCUUGAAAGGCAAGGCCAAGAGAAAUGACACUGAUGUGUAGAGAUAUGUAUUCACAUUAGUUUGAAGUAACAAAGUGAAUUCCUUUUAUUUUCGUGUGUUUUUCCCAAACCGUCAAAAUUGUUACUGAGAGCAAGGACAAAUUCUGAGAAUUUUUUCCUUGUUGACAUGUACAAAUAAGCUCAAAAUGAAGCAGUGAAUUUUUAAUCUUCAAAAGUUGACAGUCUUGCAAAUUAACCCAAGCCCAGCCAGUUUUCUAUUUAACCCUUAAUAAAAAGUAUCAAUUUUUUUCAGCUUCCAAAGAUAUAUUAACUGCCUGACAAGUUUAAGAUGUACAUUCACAUGUUUUACUGUUUCUACAAAAGUCACUCAGUUAAUAUAUUUGUGUGUUUAAUCAUGACAUUUUUACCUAUUCUCAAACACUUUAUACUCUUGACACAACUGAGGAUUAACUAAAAAAUAGAAUCCAUUUUGUGUUGCACUGCAUUUCCAUUAAAUUUCAAAUGCAUAUCUGGAAA